AUGGAACUCACCGAUUCGACUCAGGGAAACUCCGAACCGACUGUAUCCAUUCUCGGUAUCGAUCUCAAUGAAGUCCCUUCUUCGUCCUCAUUCGAGUCCUUGUCUCGUGAUGCAAUCUCCGUCGUGCGGACCUUCCACGGCGAACUUACUCCUCCGGCCGGAGUUGCGGCGGAGCUACCGGAUAUCUCGUUCAGUACAUCGUGCAGUUCUUGCCAUUUUAAGGAGGUUCCGGGACAGGUAGUAGUUUGCGACGGUUGCGAACGGGGUUUCCACCUCGCUUGCGCUGGAAUGCGGGGUGAACAGGCGGAGAUUAUCAACGAGUGGAUGUGUAGGGAGUGUGUGAGCAAUAAUGUGCAGAGUAAUCGGUGGCCAUUGGGAUGGAAAACGAAGCGAAAGUCUGGACGUGUUCGUUUAUUGGAUAUCAAUGCUUUGCCUUAUAGUGACGGUGAAGCUGAGGGGAACGAGGACUCACCCGGUCCGAG